UCAACAUGGAGGUGGAGGUCGAUAAGCUGGAACUGAUGUUCCAGAAAGCUGACUCUGAUCUGGAUUACAUUCAGUACAGGCUGGAAUAUGAAAUCAAGGCUAAACAUCCUGAAUCAGCAGGCGAGAAAAAUCCAGUCACACUCUUAAAGGAAAAGUCAGCGUUAAAGUCUCGAUAUCAAACUUUGUAUGCACGCUUCAAACCAAUUGCUGUUGAGCAGAAAGAGACUAAAACCCGCAUUUGUGCUACUAUGAAUAAGACUAUGACCAUGAUACAUGAACUCCAAAAGAAAACAGACUUGGAGCCAUCACCACUGACUGAAGAAGAGAAAACUGCAGCAGAGCAAUUAAAAUCUCAAGUGCCAGACCCAUGAAGAAAUGGAAUUGCAAAAGAGAAUUUGAAUGGAGAAGUGAUCAAUUCCAAAGAAAUUUAGGAAAAUACCUUGUUAAUACUUAGCUUCCAGAGUUGGGGGCUGUUGAAGGAGAAAGAGGUUUGGCUUGAGUGUUUGGAUAAUAAUGAUUUCCAAAUGAGAGGAAAUAAGAAAGGCAGAUAUUAUAUGAGUGAUGUUCAGUCAGAAUGAUGGAAUGUGAAUAAAGGAUUUUAGAUACACACACACACACAAUCUUGUAAUUUCAGGUAAAGGUGUCACUUAACACUGUUUUGCAUUUGUUUGCUUUUUGUUAGUUAAUAAAAUGUUCUGACCUAUCAUAAAAAGGAAUAUUUAUUUACAUUUUGGUUAUUCAAAAUGUAAAAGAGCAUGCUAUAGUAAUUAAAAGAGAGGCAAAAUGUUUGUACUAAAUGAAUACUUCAAAAUAUUAAUGGGAAAUGAAAUUAAAAGGUAAGUUUAUUUUGGUGUAAAAAUUGAUAUAUAUGCACAGUUUUUUAUAAUAUACAUUUUCACAAAUAUUUUGAAAUUCCCCCUUUGCAUAUAUUGGUAUAUAAUUUCAUUUUGAAAAUGUUGAUUGCAUAUAUGUUCACAUUAUUGGUGGGAGUGCCAGAAUGUGACUUGUGGUCUGCCACAAAACCUAGCUGAAGUAAUAAACUGGCUUCUCUGUGAUGACCUUACAUUUUUCCCCGUGAACCUUCUGCCUGCUAAUGCUCAGCAGCAUGAGCUAGCUUUCAAAAGCUAUUUUAGAUCAUCCCUGUUCUAUUUCAGUAAUACCUUUGUUCUCUG